CUAUCCCCUACUUUUUUUAAUCAACCUCCUUUUAUACCUUUCUCUUUUUCUCUCUUUUUUCCCUCUCCUCCCCUUUUUCUUUCAUCAACAACAAAGAACAACAACAAAGAUUGCAUUUUACCUUUUGAUAUUUAAACCCACGUAAUUCCUUUCACAAUCUGGGUGUUCGUCAAUUUGUAAUCAUCUUGUUUGACAGAUCAAUUUGGCACAAGCUUGACACAUUUGAUUACUAUGUCUUCACCAAGUAAGAGAAGAGAGAUGGAUGUUAUGAAGCUGAUGAUGAGUGAUUAUUCAGUAGAGACUAUAAAUGAUGGGCUUAGCGAGUUCAACGUCGUGUUCAACGGUCCAAAAGAGAGUCUCUAUGAAGGUGGGGUGUGGAAAGUCCAUGUUGAGCUUCCAGAUGGCUAUCCUUAUAAGUCCCCUUCCAUUGGGUUUAUAAACAAAAUAUUCCACCCAAAUGUUGAUGAACUGUCUGGCUCGGUGUGCUUGGAUGUUAUCAACCAAUCAUGGAGUCCUAUGUUUGAUUUACUAAAUGUGUUUGAAGUCUUUCUUCCACAACUUCUGUUGUAUCCUAAUGCUUCAGAUCCUCUUAAUGGUGAUGCUGCUUCAUUAAUGAUGAAGGAUAGACAACAGUAUGAACAGAAGGUCAAAGAAUAUUGUGAUCGUUAUGCAAAGAAAGAGAACAUCAGUAACUCUGAUGCCGAAGAUGAAAGUGAGGAGGAGGAUAUCAGUGACGGGCGGUGCACAUCAAGUGACGAUGAACUUGCUGGACAUGCAGACCCAUAAUUAAAAGAUAAGCAUACGGGGACUAAGUUAAUAUUCCGCUUUUACCCUUCUGUUCAAUCAUUUGCUGUAUCAUGUUUUAGUUUAGGAUCAUAGUGAUAGAUUAACUCUCUUAAGUCAUUUUCAGCUUACUAAUUCAUUUGUUUUAGUACACUAAGAUUAACUUUGAGAUACAAUUUGAUGGACAUGAUCAUCUGGACAGAAUUUUAAUGUGUGAAUUUGAUUUUAUAACAUCGGAGUUUGAUUUAUUCGAA